UAAUUUUAAAAUGAAAUCAGUAACCCUCAUAACAGUGACACUAAUCAUACACACAUUGGCUUACCAUGACCCGGAUUUGAAUUACCAUAUAAGUCAAGUACAAAAACUUGACUGCGGAGAUGGGGGUUACUCAUAUCCUGCUCCCGCGCUCCAGUUAACGACCACAGGAAUCAAAUAUGCUCAAAAUGUAGCCCAACCGUUACUUGCACACUCUUAUCAGUACUCGAAAGAUGCUGGAUAUGCUGCAAAGGUUGCAUAUCAAUCUGUAGCGCCAAAGGCCACGUAUGCUGCUCAGCCUGCAGCUACUUACCAGGCUAUAAUUUCUCAUGGCAACUACGCUACUGCGUCCUCAUACGCCACGCAAGAACAACAAAAAGAAUUUCACGGAUACGCUACUACAGCCGGUUUGUCAUCAGUAGGAUCUACCAGAACAGUGAUUCCCCAAGCAACAUACGCCCAAGCACCAAUCAUUGCUAAAAUUACCGCUGCUCCAUUAGUUGCUAAAUUUGCAACUUCUCCUGCAAAAACGACAUACGUUACUCAAGUGGCUCAACAAGCAGCUGUCUCUACUGGAUCUCUUGCUAAAGCAUCCCUAAAUUCAUACAAUGUGCAAUCUGGUGGACCAGUCGUUACUCAACUUUUCGCAGCAGCACCUGCAGCCAGAUAUGCGACGUCACCAGCUUUGAGAGCGCAACCCAUACAACAAAUUGUACCAGCGCGUUACACAGCAGUAUCUGCGCCCAUCACACAAUACGCUCAAGUGCAGACACCCGUCACACAAGUGGUUCCACAGUACAGAGCACAAGUUGUUACUCAGCACGCAGCAACAUCGGGCACCCAAGUGCCAAGCCCAAGUGUUCAGUAUCUCGCACCAGUGGCAUCUCAAUACUCUGCGCCUAUAACACGUUAUACUACACAACUUACUGCUCAACAGUAUGUUGCACCAGCAGUGGCUCAGUAUACUGCUCCAGCUUUACCUCAGUAUACGUCUCCAUUAGUGACAAAGUACGCAGCACCAGCAGCUUUCACUCAGUACUCUGCAGUAGCACAACACGCAGCACCUGUAGUUGCGCAGUACGCCAAAUCUGGAGUAUCAUCAGUACAAUAUUCUUCGGCUCCAAUGGUGCAGCAAGUGUCCGCUCCUACAUUGGUCGCAGCGCCUGCCCGCGUCACUGUGGCACCAGUCAAAGUCAAGAAUGUUCACACUGAGUUCAUAGAAAACUAUGAUGCCAAUCCAAAAUACGCAUACGAAUACGCUGUCAAUGACCCCCACACCGGUGACAUUAAGCAUCAGAAAGAAGAACGCAACGGGGAAGUUGUCAAAGGUCAAUAUUCUCUAGUGGAGCCGGACGGGUCAGUACGGACAGUGCACUACGUGGCCGACUGGGAAACCGGUUUUCAUGCCGACGUACGCAAUACCAGGGACAAUCACAAUUAGCAUUAGGAGACCCGAACUCGUUACUACAAAUCCGCCCUAUAUGGGCCUUAAACUUAGAUACCGGGCCCUAUAUUACAUAUACGCUAACUAUACAAAAGUAGAGAAUUUAGAUAACAACAGCUCUUAUGUUAUUAAAAGACUGCAUUUUCUAUUCGUUGUGAAAAUUUAUACCUACAGAGAAUCGAUCGGGUGUAAAAAUAACUGUAAACCUGAACAAACUUUUUAUUAUUUUGUGUUUGAUACUCAAAUGUUGGAUUACAAAAUACAAAAAUGUACAGUAAAACUAUUUUUUUAAAUCUCUCGGCAAUCUUCGUGUUUCACCACCGGCUGUCGUUGGAUUUCGAACACUUGCCCUUUGCACUUAUGCUGAGAUUUACAAAACAAAUUUUGAAUUGAACUAAGCAAAAAUGGCGAGCUAAGCAAGUUUUUCGUAUUUACGAAACCACCUUUGCCAAGUUUAAGCAAGAACUUCAUUGAAACUUAAACUUAGACAAAAUUC